AUGGAGUAUUCAAAGGAAGAACUUCCUUACCAAGCUGAUGAAGACCAAUGGAGUCAAGGAGAAGAGAGUCUUGCCUUUUCCGAUAAGGAGGCUGACUAUGAAUCUCUACCGUGGCCAGGAGAUUGUUAUCCGAGCUCUGAUACCAAAUAA